AUGCACUACCCAUCCUCGGCGUCGGCCACCGUGGUCCUGCGCGCGAGCAGGGUGCACGCCUUUGCAAACGUGCGCACGCACACGGGCUUUGUCAAGCGUAAGGCCGAGCCUCCAGUCAAACCCCACGAGUUCUGGGCUACCAAGACGACGGAGAAGGUCAAGCCGCAGGUGCCCCCUCCCAAGCUCGACAUUGCUCGUAUGAUUGCCGACCCCCAGGCUACGACGCGCAACAUUGUCGAGCGCGGUAUCGAGUUUGACAUCAACCAAGUCAUUACGCUUGCCCAGCUGCGUGAGGAGGAGAGGAGGGCAGAGCGCAACGUCCUCGAUAUGCGUACCGAGCACGGGUUGCAGUCACAUGUCUACCGCGACAAGCACAGGAAGAGGGAGAAGAAGAAUGAGAGAAUGGAAGCCAGGCAGCUGAAGGUUGCCCUGAAGGACGAGGAGACGAGGCUGCGCAAUAUCACCCAGCGGGUUGCCGAUGCCGCCUCCGCCUUGCCCAACUGGAGCCACCCGGACGCCCCGCGCGGCGGCGAGGAUAAGGCGGUCUUGCUGGAGCAGUUUGGACCCAGGCCCAUGGCAGACGACGAGAACCGCAGCCAUCUGCGCAUCACCGAGACGUUCCACUGGCUCAACUCGUCGGCCUCUGCCGUGUCGACUGGCACGUCGUGGCCGUUCCUCAUGGGCGCGGCCGCAAUGCUGGAACAUGCUCUCACGGGAUACGCAAUGUCCAAGGCCAUCAAGGCCGGGUACAUGCCGGUUGCUACUCCCGACGUUGUCAGCACCGACAUUGCCCAGCGCUGUGGCUUCCAGCCCCGUGAUGGUGAAAAUGGCCCUCGCCAGACGUACAACAUUGAGUCUCACUUGCCCCCUAACGAGGACGGCACUCCCCAGGCUCCCCACCUCUGCCUCGCCGGAACGGCCGAGAUUCCCCUCGCUGCCCUCUGGGCCAACCGCCAGCUGGUCCGCGCCUCCAUGCCCGCCAAGACUGUUGGUGUUGGCCGCGCGUUCCGCGCCGAGGCCGGCGCCCGCGGUCUCGAUACCCGCGGCCUCUACCGUGUCCACCAGUUCACCAAGGUUGAGCUCUUCUGCGUCACCUCGGCGGACGCGGGCGAGAGUGACCGCAUGAUGGAGGAGAUUCGCGAGCUCCAGAAGGACAUUGCCAUGGGUCUUGGUCUGUCUGUCCGUGUCCUCGACAUGCCCACAGAGGAGCUCGGCGCCUCGGCUGCGCGCAAGUACGACAUGGAGGCAUGGAUGCCCGGCCGCGCCAAGUGGGGCGAGAUCACCUCGACCUCCAACUGCACCGACUACCAGUCCCGCCGCCUGCACAUUCGCUACCGCGACGCCGUGGGCGAGCCACUGCAGUUUGCGCACACUUUGAACGGUACCGCCGCCGCCAUCCCGCGCCUGAUCAUUGCGCUGCUCGAGAACGGCGCCCGUCUCGACGGCAACGGUAUCGUGACCGGCAUCGACCUGCCCAAGACCCUCAAGCCGUACUGGAUCGGCCCAGAGGUCGAGCAGGCCGAGGAGGAGGACGCCGUCAUCCGGUUUGUCUAG